AUGUCACUAUUCCCACUGCCACAAAUGACGCCUCUUUCGCCAUCAAUGCAGGAUUCGAGCGAUAGCGGUGAAUGCAGUCCCAUGGCUCUUGAUCGCCUCCAAAUCCUCAAGCUGAAGGCUGCCGCAAACCAACAUAACCCACUACUCAAUCUCCCAGAUGACAUCUUCAAAUGCAUCAUCGACUACUUAGAUCGAGAUGCAGCAUGGAGUCUGAAACGAUUAUGCAAGGGUAUGGCAAGCAGCGUAACUGUGAAUCAGCUGCUGUACAGAUCCCCAAUGCGGUUGAGCGACGUGCGUGACAUCAGGCUGGGAGACUGGAAGUACAAAGUCAACGGCUCGAUGCGAUGGGAGAAGCUGCAAUCAAGCAUCAACAAUGUAACCCGAAACUAUGUACACAAACUCGCCAUGUCUCACUGGGCUAGUAUAGACGACUUUCGGUGGAUCGAGGCGAACCUCCCAGCACUGGCAAGUCUGAACAUCUCGGCUAUCAAAGACUUUGUAUGGACCCCAGAAGAGACAUGGUCGUGGAAGAUGUUGGCAGAAGCGUGUCCGGACCUAUUUGGUCGACUGGAGGAGUUGCAGGUUGCAAAUUGGGCCGACUACACCACCCACGCGAGGAUUGAGUACAGUUAUUCAUACAACGACUAUCGGUUCAAGCAGAAGUUCAGGAUAUCACGGCGAAGGGAUGGAGGGUCGGUUGCCAGCAUGAUAUUUCCGUUGUGCAAACAGCUGAAGACGCUUGCUAUCCGUGACUGUUACUCUGGCUUUCACACCUGGAACGAAUGGGAAGUCCACCAACGCGUAUGUUCGCUAGUUGAUGGUAUACAACAGCACUGCCCUCCAAGCUUAACAAAGCUAAAAAUUCACGACUAUGCGCCCUACCGAUCGCUCUUCUCGACCGAUGCUACGACAUGGUCACGCUUGAAGGAUGUAGAGAUCAAUCUAUACGGCUGGAUGGAGGAUCGACGAGACCGCGACGUGAUCGGGCCAAUACCCUAUAGAAUUACCCAGGGCCACCAUCAUCGUGAGGAAGAAGAGGAAUUCAACGACGAGUCCUUCUCUACAUGCGAACGCGACCACAUGGCACUAGGCAACCACGUUGUCCAAGACGUUGGGGCUUCGUUCGAGGACCUCCUGCAGAGCCUACAGACCAUCUCUAAGAAGUACCCGAACAUCAGAAUCAGGCCAAGCCGUGACCUCGAUAGCAUCACCCUCCAUCCGUUUCAUCUAGUCAAUGUAAUGCAGCGACGAUAUCCGUUUGGCCACGCUGUCCCACCAAGUCAAGACACAGUGGUAGAUCCGAGCUCCAAGCCGGAGGUACAAGAAGCAUUACGCUGGCUUGCGCAGAAGUGCAACUGGAAGCCAAUUCUGGCGUGGGAUUCGAUGAUGUGCGACGUUUUUCCCGCCAACCUUGAGCCUAACAGGACAUUCUUACCCAAACCCGACGUCCUCUCCCGCAUCAAGACUAUGGUGUCUACACUUCGGGGGCUGAAGAUACCCAUCCGCAUCUCCAUCGGCGACCGCAGUAACACAUGCCCGUCUUUUGGGCUGGAUGGCUCGCUCUACUUUGGGGACUUCAAGACGUUUGUUGGUGAAGGCGAAGCCGCACGCGAGGUGCUCCUGCCUACACAAGCAUCUUACAAUUUGAUGCCCAUUGCUUCAAUGGUCGACGAGCUCACGAUACAAUACCCUGUGGACGUCCCGGGAGUGGCAGGCUGGCGGGCAGCCAAACGAACAACGCACGCAGAGACGGCGCUCAUGAAGCGCGAGAUGAUUGGCUGGCGACGAUUUUGGUUCCGCUACGCGUCCCAGUUCAAGAACUUGAAGAAGCUGACGGCGAAUGUACCUGAUGAGAUUUACGAGGAUUGGGGAAAGAGCCAACUGGCCCGCCUGCUGGCGGACGAGAGAUGGCAGAUGCUAGAGGUUGAAGAGCAGGAUGCUGAUUAUGGAUUCUUCAACAGCUACUUCCCAUUUAGCUCGACCUCGCUCACACGCAUGUCACGCAAAUGCAGCCGCAUAAGCACACCCAACCACAAGAAAUUUGUGCAGCGGGUAUUCUUUCGCCUCGAUGACAAGCCAUUGGAUCUGACGGCUCGAGACACGGGGCUGAGCGAUCAAGAGGCUGACGAGAAGGAGAUUACAGAUGAGCAGAUUGAAGAUGUGGUGAUGCCGUGCCAUCGGUUCUGGGCAAGGGAUGUGACGAAAGAGGAGAAGGGAGAGAAGAGGAAGAGGUCAGAGAAGAGGGCGAGGUCGUGCAAAAAGGCGGCGAAGAAGCAAAAAGUUGAGGCGGAAAGCGUUGAAGGGCUCACGCAACAGGCGGUGCUGGAUCAUGUCGACAGGACCUUUGCUAGGGUAUGGGAGUUUUAG